UUUUGGUUUUGCAAGGUGGCGGGGGAGGGGGGCGGAUAUACUUUUGGAGCAAGAUUACUUCGCGUUGCGAGACAGUGCGCUCGGCGCGCAGCUCAGUGCCUGCGCUGACUGGCUACAUGCGUCCUGCGCUGGUCCUGCAGCCCCCGCCUGACAGCGCCUCGCCCGAGCCGGCCUGCCAUGGAGUUCUCGGAGCUGAUCAAGACGGCCAACGUGGAGGACGUGGUCCUGACACGACCGUUUCACCCUCCCGUGAAGGGGACGCUGUGCGUGACCGGACACCACCUCUUACUGUCCGCUAGGGACGGAGAAAGCAGCGUGGAGCUUCUGCUUCUCCUGAGGAACUUCGAUGCUGUGGAGAAAAGUGUUGAGAAUCUAGUGGGAUACCCAGGCCACCUGCUUAGGAAGUCUGGCCAGUGUGAAAGGCCUGCUGGGUCUUCUGGAUCCAUUACAAUCAAAUGCAAAGACCUCAGUGUCCUACAGCUGGACAUCCCUGGCAUGGAGGAGUGUCUGAACGUUGCCAGCUCUAUUGAGGCUCUCUCCUCCCUGGAGUCAGUGACAGAGAUGUACCCCUUCUUCUACAGACCCACUACACUGAGCCUGCAGAACAAGUGGGGCUUGUCUACCCCCGAGGAGGACUUUCAGCAAAUAGCUAUUCACAGUGAGCGCUGGAGACUGAGUGACGUGAACAGGGACUUCUCUGUGUGUCCCACCUACCCCCCCACCGUCAUCGUCCCCAGGGCUGUGGAGGACGAGCAGCUGAGGAGAGCCGCCCGAUUCAGGCAGGGGGGGCGGUUUCCCGUGCUCAGCUACUACCACAGGAAGAACGGCAAGGUGAUCGUGCGCAGCAGCCAGCCCCUCACCGGCGCCAACAGGAGGCGCUGCCGGGAGGACGAGCUCCUGCUGCAGGCGGUGAUGGACGGCUCCGAGCGAGGCUACGUCAUCGACACGCGCUCCCCACAGCUGGCCCAGCAGGCCCGGGUGACGGGGGGCGGCUUCGAGUCCAAAUCCAACUACUGCAACUUUAAGAGGCUGCACCGCCACCUGGAGAGGGGGAAGGCGCUUCAGGAGAGCCUGAUCAAGCUGGUGGAGGCCUGCACUGACCAGUCCAACAGCACGGACCGCUGGCUGAGCCGGCUGGAGAGCUGCAGGUGGCUGUCGCACGUCAGCGCCGCUCUGGUGGCCGCGGGACUGCUGGCGGAGUGUGUGGAGCGGGAGGGCUGCUCAGCGCUGGUGCACGGCUCCGAGGGCACCGACACCACCCUGCUGGUCACGACGGUGGCCCAGCUCAUCCUGGACCCCCGCUGCCGCACCUUCGGGGGAUUCCUGGCUCUGAUCGAGAGGGAGUGGCUGCAGGCUGGCCACCCCUUCCAGCAGCGCUGCGCCCACUCGGCCUUGUCCCACGCCCGCCCGCGCCACGAGGCGCCCACCUUCCUGCUGCUCCUGGACUGCUGCUGGCAGCUGUGCCGCCAGUUCCCCCUGGCGCUGGAGUUCAGCGAGGCCCUGCUGCUCAGGCUGGCUCGGGAGGCCUACGCCUCCAACUUCGGCACCUUCCUCUGCAACAGCGAGAAGGAGAGGUGUGCUCUGGGAGUGAAGACGAAGACCCACUGCCUCUGGGGGUGGCUCAGCCAGUCCUGUGAGCGAGACGAGCUCUCCAACCCUCUCUACCAGCCCACAGAGCUGGCCAUCUGGCCCUGCGUGAAGCCCCAGGCCAUACAGCUGUGGAGAGGGCUGUUCUUCAGAUGGACGCACAACGCCAGAUAUCUGCAAGAGGCCUGGGAGGAAAUCAGCCACCUAGUGAAGCAAAGCAAAGCAGAAGGCUGCAAGGCCAGCAUGGGGCUGGAGACUCCUGCUGCCCAGGUUGCAGUUUAGGACACGCUGUGCACCUCAGUAUGAUGCACUGAAGUCCAUGAUAUUAACAGCAACACGCCAGCUCUCUCAGAGCCUGGGAAGAGCUGCAGAGGGGCUGGAACAGAUGGAUGACCAAGCACAUAACUGCAAAUGGGUGGAAAAGGGACACAAUGCAAUAGACACAGAGAAGACUGCUGUAAAUCACAGGGUAGAUAAGAAUGACUACUGUAUAAGCGCCAAGCUUCUAAAAAAUGCCACUAGCAUUUUUUAGUAUAGCUGUUCUUCUCAAAAUGCUGUGCUGGUGAUUGAGGGGAAUGUAUUCUGUACAGACUGUACUGUAUGCUAGCAGCUGACAGAGCUGAAUGUUAAAAAUGUUGGUCAUCUCCUGCUUGUUUUCCCGGUUUGAAUGUGAUGGAUUGUCAAGAUGUUAAAACAGGCUUAGACCUGGAUUAAACUGCAAUAUUGACUUUCUUGUUGAAGAAACUCAGCA